UAAUGCUAUCCGGCUGUAAAUGUCUCUUGUAAAUUAUAUGAGUAGCUCUUAAUAUUUCAAAAUUCUCGUUAUAUUAUUUAUUUAGAUUAGUCGUGCGUCUUUUGAUAGGUGAAAACUGGGGCGAGCCCUAGAAAGUUAACCAUGAAUGUAAACCAAGGCACAGUUGGAAGUGAUCCAGUGAUCCUUGCCACUGCUGGAUAUGACCACACUGUGCGAUUCUGGCAGGCACACAGUGGCAUUUGCACAAGAACUGUUCAGCAUCAGGACUCUCAGGUGAAUUCUUUAGAAGUAACACCUGACAGGAGCAUGAUCGCAGCAGCUGGUUAUCAGCACAUACGCAUGUAUGACCUAAAUUCAAACAAUCCAAACCCAGUGAUCAACUAUGAUGGUGUUAGCAAAAAUAUUACAUCCGUGGGCUUCCAUGAAGAUGGGAGAUGGAUGUACACUGGAGGAGAGGACUGCAUGGCACGCAUCUGGGAUCUGAGGUCCAGAAAUCUGCAGUGUCAGAGGAUCUUCCAGGUCAAUGCACCAAUAAACUGUGUGUGUCUCCAUCCCAACCAAGCUGAAUUAUUUGUUGGGGAUCAAAGUGGUGUGAUCCACAUCUGGGAUCUUAAAACAGACCAUAAUGAGCAGCUCAUCCCAGAACCAGAGGUUUCUGUGAACUCUGUGCACAUUGAUCCUGAUGCUAGCUACAUGGCUGCUGUCAAUAGCUCAGGUAACUGUUAUGUCUGGAAUUUGGCCGGAGGAAUCGGUGAUGAGGUGACACAGCUUAUUCCCAAGACAAAAAUUCCUGCUCACAAGCGCUAUUCUUUGCGCUGCAAAUUUAGUCCUGACUCCACAUUGCUGGCCACCUGCUCUGCCGACCAGACAUGUAAGAUCUGGAGAACCUCCAACUUCUCACUGAUGACAGAGCUGAGCAUUAAGAGCAACAACCCUGGUGAGACAUCCCGCGGCUGGAUGUGGGACUGUGCGUUCUCUGGAGACUCCCAGUACAUCGUCACAGCCUCUUCAGAUAACCUGGCACGUCUGUGGUGUGUGGAGAGCGGGGAAAUCAAACGGGAGUACAGCGGUCACCAGAAGGCUGUGGUGUGUUUGGCCUUCAAUGACAGUGUGCUCGGCUAACUCGGUCUGCUGCCAUCUAGCCCGGCAGCCUCGCAUUACACAAUUACCAACAGAACUAUUGAACAUGACCUAUUUAAAGCUACACCUAUCACUAAGUCCUUGCAUUUUUCAUUGCCUCAACCAUCAUGACCUCUGAUGUUAGACAAUGGUUAUUACGGAGAUUGCACUUGUAAGUAUGGCAUCAAGAUUGUGACAGAGGUGAUAAUUCUAUCAUUCUCAAUGACAUGUUGUAUAUUUUAAUGACAAUAUGCCAUCUGUGUGAAUGAGUCAACAUUCGACAUGAACAAAAGUGACUCAUCAGACCAUGUCUGAACUAUUCUGAGAAGACAUUGCAUAGCACACACAAGGGCUCUCCGUGGAAAAUGCUAUGAUUCAUCUUAGUCAUUUAUGAUGUACAGAAUUUCACAACUAAUGGUGUCUGGUUCAGUAAGGAUCCUGCUGUAUGUGUUGCAUUAAGUGUGGCCCUGGGGUGAUAAUUAGUAUAGUCACAUAAUUAGUUAUGUACAAUUAAUUUUGCAGCCGUUUCUAUCAUGUUAAGACAUGUAAGCAUUUCUAAAAUGAAAUAGAAAGAUUUAAAGGUAUAAUACACAUUUGAACUUAUAUAUCAAAAUCCUAAAAGUACUUGAUUUUUAAAAUAUUUAAGCAGUAGAAAAAUUCACCAUUAACCUAAGGGAAGGUUAAAUCAGUGAAGCAUUACCAUUUUUAAUUAAAAUUAAAUUUAAAUUAAUUAAAAUGUGUAGCAUAGCACUGAACUGGAGUGGACUGAAGUUGCUCUAAAGAGAAAGGGCAUCACAGUUUUUAAAUGCCCCGUAUUUUGAUAUUUUAUUGGCCUUCUCCACUAAUACUGCUCUAGAGGUCCCCUACAUAUCUGUUUAUAACUGCACAUUUUUAAGUAAAAUGUACAUCUGUAAAAUGUUAUUGUUUUAUUAUACUGGAAGAUUUUAGCCCCAAAUCAUUAUUAUAUUCCUAAAACAUGUUUGUGUUCUUU